AUGUCGCAUCUCUCUCUGGUCGCAGUUCUGCUGGCUGUUACCAGUCCAGUGCUGUGUCUCGAGUGGUGGAAAACCGCAAUAAUCUACCAGAUAUACCCCAAGUCUUUCAAGGAUUCUGAUGGCGAUGGCGUCGGCGACCUUCGUGGUAUAAUCGAGAAACUGGACUACCUGAGAGAUCUUGGAGUGUCAGCGAUAUGGAUGUCUCCUAUCUUCAGGUCGCCGAUGGCUGACAAUGGCUACGACAUUUCAGAUUUCAGGGACAUCGAUCCUACUUUUGGAACCAUGGCUGACUUCGACGAACUUCUGGCAACAGCACACAACAAAAGCAUCAGAGUAAUUCUCGACUUCGUGCCCAACCACAGCAGCGAUGAACACGAAUGGUUCAUUGCUUCCAGUGACCCUACGCACGAAAACUACACGAAGUAUAAGGACUACUACGUAUGGCUGAAUGGGACUUACGGCACGCCGCCAAACAACUGGCCUGGUGGCUUCAACGAGCCCUCUGCCUGGGAGUGGAUCGAGGCCCGCCAGCAAUACUACCUGCACCAGUUCCUCCACAAGCAACCCGACCUCAACUACAGGAACCCUGUCGUUCUGGAAGAGAUGAAGAAUGUUUUGAGGUUCUGGUUGGAUAAAGGAGUUGAUGGUUUUCGUAUGGACGCCGUUAGCUGCAUUGUGGAAGCAGAAGGCUUCCCAGAUAUUGUAGACGGCCAACCUAACCCCAUGCAGCAUCAACCGGAAACAUACGCGGUAAUCGAGGAAUUCCGCACCGUGUUGGACGAAUACCAAGAAAAGGUGAUGAUGACGGAGGCGUACGGAUCACUGGACCAGGUGCUGGGUUACUACGGCAACGCCACCAACCCUGGCGCGCAUUUCUCCUUCAACUUCCUGCUCAUCACCGACCUCAACGGAGACUCCAGCGCAGAGGACUUCGUCCGCAUCGUGGGCGACUGGAUCAACGUCGUCAAUGAAAAUGGAGUUUGGUCCAACUGGGUGAUCGGCAACCACGACCAGCACCGCGUGGCCAGCCGGUACAGCCCAGAGAUGGUGGAUGGGAUGAACAUGUUGGUGACGUUGCUGCCGGGAACCGCCGUCACCUACAAUGGAGAGGAAAUCGGUAUGGAGGACAACUACAACAUGACGUGCGAGGUGGCUCAGGACCCGCAAGGGUGCGCAGAUAACGUCACGCUGGGAAGUUCCAGGGACCCACAGAGGACGCCGUUCCAGUGGGACGACUCCAAGAAUGCAGGCUUCAGCACGGCGGACGUGACGUGGCUGCCCGUGAACCCCAACUACCCGACACUGAACGCCGCACUCCAGGACUCGGUGGACGGCCGCAGCCACAUCAAGACGUACCGCCUGCUGGCCCAGCUGCGGCUGGACGAGUCCCACCAUAACAGCAACGCCACCGUCACCAGCACGGGAAGCGUCUUCCUCUUCAGCAGGGGGCAGACGCAGAACGACGCUACAGUUGUGGCGAUGAACGUGGGGUCUGAGGAAGCGACGGUGGACAUCAUUGCCUCUCUGCCUGGCGUCGACCUACCUACAACUCUCGUGGUGUACGCGUCCAGUGUCAACAGCGAAUUGGAUGAAGGACAUCCGCAAAGCCGCAACAUCGCCUGCCGCAGGGAUAUUCGGUGGUAUGAAGAAGUUUCAGUUGAAGAACUUGACGAAGGCUUGGAGCAGGAUGAUGAUGAUGAUGACGAUGACGACGACGAUGAUACUGGGCAGGCAGAAGAAGGUGCAGAGGCCAUGGUACCAACAAGUGACGAUUCAAAACUUGUUUUCACAAACCACAUAGGUUCUGUAUUCUGUUGUGACAUUGAACCAAAAGAAUCCAAGCUCGUGAUAACAGGUGGACAAGAUGAAAAAGCAUAUGUGUGGAACACAAGCUCAGGAGAAAUUUUGUUUGAAUGUACAAAUCACAAGGAUUCGGUUUCUUGUGUUGGGUUCAGCCAUGAUGGAAUGUAUGCUGCAACUGCUGAUAUGUCUGGAAUUAUCCAGGUAUGGAAAGUGCCAACCAAAACUCUGGCUUGGAGUUCUGAUGACAGUUAUGGUGAUCUUCAGUGGAUGAAGUGGCACCCUGCAGCUCAUGUUUUGUUUUGUGGAUUUGCCACUGGUGAUAUCUUUGCUUUUAAAAUUCCGAGUGGUGAAAUUAAGGUCCUUCCGGGAUCUGGAGAGAAAACAGAAAGUGGAAUUAUUAUGCCAGAUGGAAAAAGGUUUGUUGUGGGGUAUGAGUCAGGAACAAUAAAAGUAUUUGAUAUAAAGUCAGUCAAGGUAAUACAACAUAUCAAAUCCGGUGAUGCACACAGAAGUAGUGUCACAGCGUUAGAUGCAUUCCAUGAUGACAACCUUAUUAUGUCUGGUGACUUGGAUGGAAUUGUAGCUUUCAUCACAACAGCCACUGGAAGAGUAGUUAGUGUUUUUGACACCAAGGAGCUGGACAGUUCUGGUAGUGCAGGUGGUGACUCUGCAGAUGAUGAUCACGCAGCAGAAUUUUGUGUUGAGACAAUUACAUUUUACAAAAAUCCAUCUUUUCCAGUUGCUAUAUCAGGAAAUUGUUAUGGUUGCCUAUUCAUUUGGGAUGUCAGCAGACAGGCACUGCGUUCAUUCUCAAAACAAGAUUGCGGCAUAACAACUAUUGUAUGGAGGAAGGAUAGUCCUGUAGCAUAUUUAGGCAGCUUAGAUGGUUCUGUACGAAUAUAUGAUGUUCAGAAUAAUCAAGAAGUUGGCCAGUUGAGUGGACAUCGAAGCUCUAUCUUAGACAUUUGUGUAUCUGUGGAUGGCCGAGAACUGGCUGGUGGUGGAUGGACACGCACUGCGACUGCCCAGCGAGCAGGCGGUUGUGCUGAGGUCUCCUUCUGCAAGGACCGGCUGGCCUGUGGCAGCCUAAGUGGCAGUGCUGCUGGGAGAACCCACUGCACCAUGAUCCAGAGUGCACUGCCUAUAUCAGCCACGAUGUCGCAUCUCUCUCUGGUCGUAGUUCUGCUCGCUGUCGCCAGCCCAGCGCUGUGUCUCGAGUGGUGGAAAACCGCAAUAAUCUACCAGAUAUACCCCAAAUCUUUCAAGGAUUCUGAUGGCGAUGGCGUCGGCGACCUUCGUGGUAUAAUCGAGAAACUGGACUACCUGAAUGAUCUUGGAGUGUCAGCGAUAUGGAUAUCUCCUAUCUUCAGGUCGCCGAUGGCUGACAACGGCUACGACAUCUCUGAUUACAGGGACAUCGAUCCAAUCUUCGGAACUAUGGAUGACUUCGACGAACUUCUGGAAACAGCGCACAGCAAAGGAAUCAGAGUACUCCUCGACUACGUGCCCAACCAUACUAGCGAUGAGCACGAAUGGUUUAUCGCUUCCAGCGACCCUACGCACGAAAAUUACACGAGGUAUAAGGACUACUACGUAUGGGUGGACGGGACUGAAGAUUCGCUGCCAAAUAACUGGGUGAGUUAUUUUCAGCCUUCUGCAUGGCAGUGGAACGAGGCCCGCCAGCAAUACUACCUGCACCAGUUUCACUACAAGCAACCCGACCUCAACUACAGGAACCCUGUCGUUUUGGAGGAGAUGAAGAAUGUUUUGAGGUUCUGGUUGGAUAAAGGAGUGGAUGGCUUUCGUAUGGAUGCCGUCAUCUGCCUUGUAGAAGCGGAAGGUUUCCCAAAUGUUACAAACGGCGAACCUAACCCCAUGGUGCACCAACCGGAAACAUACGCGGUGGUCGAGGACUUCCGCACAGUGCUGGACGAGUACGAAGAAAAGGUGAUGGUGACGGAGGCGGGAGGAACUCUGGAUGAGGUGCUGGGUUACUAUGGCAACGCCAGCAACCCCGGUGCGCACUUGUCCUUCAACUUCCUGCUCAUCACCGACCUCAACGGUCGCUCCACGGCAGAGGAGUUCGUCCGCGUCGUCAGUGAAUGGAACGAUAUUGUCAAUGAACGUGGUAUCUGGUCCAACUGGGUGCUUGGCAACCACGACCAGCACCGCGUGGCCAACCGCUACAGCCCGGAGCUAGUGGACGGCAUGAACAUGCUGGUGACGCUGCUACCUGGAACCGCCGUCACCUACAACGGAGAAGAGAUCGGCAUGGAGGACAACUACAACAUGACGUGCGAGGUGGCUCAGGACCCGCAGGGCUGCGCAGAUAACGUCACACUGGGAAAUUCCAGGGACCCGGAGAGGACGCCAUUCCAGUGGGACGCCUCUAAGAACGCAGGCUUCAGCACGGCGGACGAGACGUGGCUGCCCGUCAACCCCAACUACCUGACCCUGAACGCGGCGCAGCAGGAAUCCGCGGCUGGCCGCAGCCACCUCAAGACGUACCGCCUGCUGGCACAACUACGGCGGGACGACGAGUCCAUCCACAAUAGAAAUGUCUCCGUCGCCAGCGCCGGCAGCGUCUUCCUUUUCAGCAGGUCACAGAACGGUACUGCCACAACAGUCGUGGCGCUGAACGUAGGGUCUGAGGAGGAGACUGUGGACGUCAUUGAGUCAAUGCCGGACGUCGACCUUCCUAUAAUUCUCAGGGUGUACGCGUCCAGCGUCAACAGCGAACUGGAUGAAGGGAGUGUAGUAUCUGACUCGUCCUCCCGUAAUGUAGAAUCCCUUGCCAGAACACAUAUCAUUGGCAGCUUUAUGCUAUCACCCUCACCGUACCUCGAGGAACUAGGAGUGCAGUCGACGGUGUCAGAGCCAGUCCAACCUGGAGUGAUGGCUCUGCUGUCGUCGCUGCUGUGCCUGGUGCUCGUGUUGGCCGCGUCGACCGCGCAGGAGGCGGAGGAGCCGCUCCAGUGGUGGCAGACGGGCAUCAUCUACCAGAUCUACCCCAGGUCCUUCAGGGACAGCGACGGGGAUGGCGUGGGUGAUCUUAAAGGUGUAACGGAGAAGCUGGACCACCUAGUAGAGGCUGGUGUAACAGGAGUCUGGCUGUCUCCGUUCUUCAAGUCGCCUAUGGUUGAUAAUGGUUACGACAUCUCCGACUUCACAGACGUCGAUCCUGUUUUCGGCACCAUGGAAGAUUUCGACGAAUUGCUGGCUCAAGCCCACGAUAAAGGUCUGAAAAUACUAAUGGACUUCGUUCCGAAUCACUCGAGCGAUGAACACGAAUGGUUUCAAAAAUCGUCGAACGUUAGUGAUCCAGAAUAUGACAAGUAUGAGGAUUAUUAUGUGUGGCUUGAGGGGAAGGUCGGUGAAGAUGGAGAGACACCGGAACCGCCCAACAACUGGGCGAACCUGUUCAACGGAGAGUCGGCCUGGGAGUGGAACAAUGACCGGCAGCAGUACUACCUCCACCAGUUCCACAAAGCGCAGCCGGAUCUCAACUACAACAACAGCGACGUCGUCGAAGGGAUGAAGGAUUUCAUGCGGUUCUGGCUGGAGAAAGGCGUGGACGGGUUCCGCAUGGAUGCAGUGCCUCACCUGUUCGAAGACGGUCUGUUCCGAGACGAGGAAGAAGUGGAUGGAGGCCUGACUUCUAAGUAUACCAAACACCAGGACGGCACGUACGACAUGGUGCGGCAGUGGAGGGAGGUAGUCCAGGCGUUCGGCACCGACAAGUUAAUGAUGACAGAGGCAUACGGAACGUACGAAGAAGUGGUGCGCUACUAUGGCAAUGACAGCAGUCCUGGGGCACAUUUCUCUUUUAACUUCGUCUUCAUCACGGAUGUCAACAACCAGUCCGAUGCAGCGACAUUCAAGAGCGCCGUGGAUGACUGGCUCGAAGUAACUGUCAACCAGGGCCUCUGGUCCAACUGGGUGAUUGGAAAUCACGACCAGCCGCGAGUGGCCAGCCGGUACAGCCCAGAGCUGGUGGACGGAUUGAACAUGCUGGUGACACUGCUGCCGGGAACCGCCGUCACCUACAACGGAGAAGAGAUCGGCAUGGAGGACAACUACAACAUGACGUGCGAGGUGGCGCACGACCCGCAGGGCUGCCACGAUGGUGUCACUUUGGGCAGGUCAAGGGAUCCCUGCAGGACCGCCUUUCAAUGGGACAGCACGACGAGCGCAGGCUUCUCGAGCAACGAGACGACGUGGCUGCCGGUGCAUGAGAACUACGAGACUCUGAACCUGGAGGCGCAGAAAGCGGCCGAGCGAAGCCACUUCAAGGUCUACCAGAAGCUGGCCACCGCCCGCAAACAGAGGGUGGCGCAGAGGGGCGCCACCGAGACGUUCGCCCUGGGCAGUGUCUUUGCUUUCACUAGGACCCUGGCUGGCGAGGACAGUCUGCUGGUGGCGGUGAACCUGGGGACGGAGAACCAGUCGGUCGACCUCAAGGCCAUGCUGCCGCUCGCCCAUCACUUCACCGUCCUCACCAGUUCCAUCAGCAGCCCUCUGACCGAAGGGUCUACGGUGAGCUCGCUGACGCUGGGCCAUCACGAGUCGGUGGUGCUGCAGGCGUCAGGGGAGCGGGGUGCGGCCGGCGCCCUCAGGGCGACCGCCCUACUGUGUACAACGCUGGUCGCAGCCGUCCUCGCCGCCGGCCACUGCUAA